CAUCAAUUACAUCAAUUGCAGGUUGUGCAGCUGGAUUCUCGUGCUGUUGUAUAUCUGAAUAUUAAGGCUUGGAAGCAGACCAGCUCACUACCAACCAUGGACGUUCUUUCAAGCUACUUACCCACAAUCCCCGGUCUUUUGCCCAAAUGGCUGUUAUUCAUUGCUGCUGUCUCUAUCUUCAACUCGGGACAGUCCUAUUUUGGAGGCUUGAUUCUCACGCGGCGGGUGUACGAAGCGAAGCCUACUGAGGUCACUGGUCUCUCUGCUAGAACAUUUGGAACCUGGACGUUCUUGACCUCAGUCGUCCGACUGGUGGGCGCGUAUCAUCUUACUGAUCCGGUUAUCUUCAAACUGACCUAUGCUACAUUUGUUGUUGCGUUCCUUCAUUUCUUUUCCGAGUGGCAGUUAUUCAAGACCGCCAAACUUGGAAAGGGACUUGCCGGUCCUCUGAUUGUCUCCACUACCUCGAUGAUCUGGAUGGCAAAGCAAAUGAACUACUACGUCAGCGCAUAAUCCGCAAACAUCACAAGCGG